AUGUCGCCUGCAGAGGGAGCGGGGGCGCGGACCGGCAAUGUCCAAGGGGGCGUGGGACGGUACUACGUGACGGCCGAGUAUUCCAAGCCAUCGGACGUGACCGAAUUCUUCCCAGACGUGGACUUUGGCGUGAAGACCAGCCACAUGUUCGGUCAAGUCAAAACGGCGGGGGCUACCGCUAGGAAACGGCGUCUGGGUAACGGUGGUGGCGGCUCCCUGUAUGAGGACACGGACUACUUAGGGUAUCUUGAACACUUAAAGCAAUUCGGACGACGGAAGACUCCAUGUGAUCUCGGAACAAUGGAAAUAUUCGUAGUAGAUGUUAACGACAUGAAUAUAUCUUCGGAAGAGUACCCGAACCCCAUUUUGACAAAAUACGAUGGCUUUAAGACAGGACACAUAAUCAGUAUGACACCCGACAAUCUAGUCAAUCAGCUGCCUGUUGUGAUGGUGUAUGGGGUUACAUUACAUACAGGUGUGUCGGUGUGUCUACAUGUGUUCGAUGUAUUUCCGUAUUUGUUGGUGGAAUGUCCUAUGAAGGUUGAAGGGGAAAAAGAUUACGUGGGUGAAUUAUUGCGCCAGCAGUUGGAGCGACGGCUAGGUAUUAAUUCCCUGGCGUGUUUGGAGGUAUGUGAGGGUGAGACCGUUAUGGGUUAUGACCCGCAGAAUCAUUCUCACACUUUCUUUAAACUUACAUUCUUUAAUUCCAGAUGUAUGAAUGCGGCAAAAUCGAUGAUAGAAAAUCAGUUCACAUUGACGUCAACUAAGAGCGGUAGUAUUGUGUUUAGUUCGACCGUAUAUGAAUGUACCGUUCCAUAUACGUUGCGUUGGAUGAUUGAUCGGGAUAUAGUUGGUUGUGGUUGCAUCCGAGUAAGUGGUGUAACAGAAGUUGCAGCGAGUCGUCGAAUUAGUCGUUGUAAUUACGAAUUAGGCUGCAUCAGUAAUAGCAUCAUUGGACUACCCAUAGAAGGCGACUAUGAAGUCAUUCCCGAAGGACUUAGAUUACUAGCUCUGGAUAUAGAAUGCAUAUCCGAGGGCUCAAAAGGAUUUCCAGUACCAGAAAAAGACCCAGUUAUUCAAAUCAGCACGGUACUUUCACAGGUCAAUCCAUGUAAUAAUCGUGCUAAACCCAACCCUGACCAGGCCCGCGAUCAUGGAGGUCCUAAUGAGGCACGUGGUGACAUAUAUGACGAAGUCAGGAUAAUAUUUACUUUGGACACGUGUGCGCCUAUAGGCGGUAGUAUAGUUGUAUCAUUUAAAGAUGAACGCUGCAUGUUGAUCGGCUGGCGGGACACCGUGAAUAUACUGGACCCAGACAUCUUAACUGGAUACAAUUUUAUCAAUUUUGAUUUGAACUACAUGUUAGUAAGAAGCAGAAAAUUGGACUGUCCUAAUUUCCGUAAUUUUGGGCGUGUGCUACCUUCCGAAAUUAAAGUACAUGACAGUAUGAUUAAUACGAAACAACUUGGGAUGCACGAAAACAAAGAUAUCAAUGUUGAUGGUCGGAUCCAAUUUGAUAUUUAUGAGAUUAUCCGUCGUGAACAUAAACUGAAAAGUUAUUCAUUAAAUAAUGUGUGUUCAUACUUCCUCAAGGAGCAAAAGGAAGAUGUACACUACUCCCAGAUGUGUGUAUUACAGCACGGUAAUGAUGAAACGCGUAAAAGGAUCGCUGUUUAUUGUCUGAAGGAUUCCGUUUUGGUUAUAAAGCUUAUACACCAGCUUUCACUGUUGGUUAAUAUCAUUGAAAUGGCCAGGGUUACGGGUGUACCUGUGAACUUGUUGUUGACUAGAGGACAGCAGAUUAAAGUUACGUCACAAUUAUUAAGGAAGUGUAAGCAACAAAAGUAUUUAAUGCCGCAAAUCAAGACGUCCGGUAACAACACUGAAGUACAGUAUGAAGGCGCAACGGUGCUGGAGCCACUCAGAGGUUAUUAUGACAUACCAAUCGCUACUUUAGAUUUCGCAUCUUUGUAUCCUAGCAUUAUGAUAGCUCAUAAUUUAUGCUACACUACACUACUACCUGAUCCGGUACCUCAGUCAUACCUCAUAACCGACGCCGGCGACGGCGAGGUUGAAGGGAAAGAUUGGAUGGAAACCACGCCGGCCGGUAAAUCAUUUGUAACAUCCAAAAUACGGCGUGGUAUAUUGCCGUCGAUUGUUGAGGACCUUUUAGCAGCUCGAAAGAAAGCUAAGGCCGAGUUGAAAAAAUGCACCGACCCGUUGAAACGCAAAGUGCUAGAUGGACGUCAACUGGCGUUAAAGGUCAGUGCGAACUCAGUUUACGGUUAUACUGGUGCCGUCAAUGCUGGGCAGUUACCUUGCUUACCCAUAUCAGAAUCUAUUACUGCGUUCGGUCGUACCAUGAUCGAAUUUACGAAGCAACAAGUGGAGUUGAACUUUACGAAAAAAAACAACUAUCCUGCGGAUGCAAUCGUUGUCUACGGUGAUACUGAUAGUGUCAUGGUCAACUUUGGUGUCAGCGAUGUUGGUGAAGCAAUGAAAUUGGGUUUAGAAGCAAGCAAAUUAAUUAGCAACAAGUUUAUUGCGCCUAUAAGUUUGGAAUUUGAAAAGAUAUUCUACCCCUUUUUACUUAUGCAGAAGAAAAGGUACGCUGGAUUAAAAUGGACGAAACCUGAAAAGCAUGAUUCAAUAGACUGCAAAGGUAUAGAAACGGUCCGUCGGGAUUUUUGUUUACUUGUCCAACAGAUGCUGGAUGAUGCCUUGAAGAUAUUACUAGUACAGCGUGAUGUUUCCAAGGCAGCAAAACUAGUUCAGGAUAAAGUGCGCGAUCUACUUAUGAAUAAAAUUGAUAUGUCAUAUCUUGUAUUAAGCAAGUCUUUAGGUAAAGAAGAUUACACAUCUAAGCUAGCACACGUAGAAUUAGCUAAAAAAUUGAGACAACGAGAUCCUACGAACGCUCCAAAUGUUGGAGAUCGUGUUUACUAUGUUGUUAUCGCGGGAUACAAGAAUCAACCGCAAUAUGAAAGAGCUGAAGAUCCUCUGUAUGUCCUUCAGAACAAUAUACCUAUUGAUGUUGACUUUUACCUUGACAGUCUGAAAAAUUCUUUACUGAGGAUUUUCGAGCCCAUAAAUAAGAAGCUUGCCGAUUCAUUAUUCUCUGGUAGUCAUGUUACACAAAAGAAAAUACUUGCCGGUGGUAGUAGUGGUUUUAAAGGACUUGGUGGAUUUAUCACUAAAGGUUACAGAUGCUUAGUUUGUCGUACAGUAAUAAAUGAUGGUUCAUGCUAUUGUAAGCAUUGCUCACAAGAUGAAAUGAAAAUUGCGCAAAUUGUACAAGAACGACAAAGCGAAUAUCAAAAAAAAAUUGGAGAAUUUAAUCAGCUCUGGACUCAAUGUCAACGAUGCCAAGAAUCACUUCAUCGGGAUGUAAUCUGCGUUAAUCGUGACUGCCCGAUCUUUUAUAGAAGAAUUAAAAUACGAAAGGAUAUUCAAGAGCUUGCUGAUGAUUCUAUAUCUAGAAUUACUGCACAAGAUCCAUUAGAUUGGUAA